AUGUUCCAAUGCUCUUUCAAUUAUCUUGCGAAAUUGUUCAUUGGCAAUCGUCUGCAAUUUGCAAUUGGAAUCUAUACUCCCUCUCCAAACGAGGAACUAAUGGCGCGAGGAAAUUUAUGGAAAUCUCGCUCAAAAUCUGCCACAACUGUAGUGCCAAUAGACAAGGAGCUCUCGGAGAGGUUUGGUCUCUUCCACUUGAAUCCAAUUCCUGUACUUCCAAAGAAUGGGGAGUCGCCUUAUAAACUUGAUAUCGUGGCACUGCAUGGCAUAAAAGGCGAUGCAUUCAAAACUUGGACUGAGAAGAACGAAGAUGGUGUCAAAAACAUGUGGUUGAGAGAUCAAUUGCCUAAUGAGCUACCAGGUGCUAGAAUAUUCUCCUUUGGGUAUGAUGCGAAUGUACUGUUUAGUCGAGGCACGGGUACGAUAGAAGAUUUUGCUACCGCCCUGCUCGAGGAUCUGUUGAGGGAGAGAAGCAAUGAUAAAAAUCGAAAGCGUCGGAUCAUUUUUAUAUGUCAUAGUAUGGGAGGUAUCGUUGUAAAGAAGGCGCUUAUCAGAGCCUUCAAUAUCAAGCUUUACAGGAACAUAUUUGAGCUCACAUCCGCCAUUCUCUUCCUUGCCACUCCACAUAUGGGCUCUGACGAAACUAAGCUACCUCUAUUGAUCUCGAAAUUUGCUAAUGGUCUUCUCGCCCUCCCAAUGAGAUUCAGUGGUCGUGUGAGAGAUGAAUUAAUUACGCCUCUUUCGCGAGGGUCGUCUGUGUUGAUAGAAACACAGGACGAAUUCAAGAGGUUGAAGCUAUAUGAUGGAAUUCGAGUUGCCAGUUUUUUAGAAAUGGAUAUCUGCUCGGGAUUGAAGGGGCUUGUGGUUGACGAAGAGAGUGCGCAGCUACACAUUCCAGAUGAGCGGGUGGUAAAAAUGCAUGGCUGUGACCAUCGAAAUAUCUGCAGGUUUACUGGCCCGGAAAGUAGUUCAUACAAGUCUGUCUGGGGUAUUCUGAAAGUAUAUGCGGAUGAAGCUAGCAGUUUGGUUGAAGAUGAUCUCGCCCCUGAGGACGAAUCUUUAUUAUCCUCCAUAUAUUACCCCGAAAUGGAGCAAAGACGUCGCAAUGCAAACAACGCCUACCCAGGUACCUGUAACUGGAUCUCCCAAGAUCGUUCCUACCUUCGAUGGAAAGAGACACAACGUAGUCUAAUGUGGAUCAAAGGCAAACCAGGUGCAGGCAAAUCCACACUUAUGGCAUAUAUUCUGUCAAAUUUCCGCCACCGCGAUUCUCGCCAUCUAGUACUGAAUUUCUUCUUCCAUGGUCGCGGUGCCCCUCUCCAAAAGGGACCGGAAGGAAUGUACAGGCAAUUGUUAUAUCAACUUUACUCUCAAGCAUCACCUAUUCGCGAAGAACUCCGAAAGUCUUUUGCCGAAAAGAAAGCGUUGACACAAUUGGAGAAUGAUUGUGUUUGGACUGAAGAUGAAUUGAAAGUAUGGCUAUUCAACGCCAUUACUUGGAUUGCGCAAUCAAGACCGGUUACUUUGUUUGUUGACGCACUCGAUGAAGCCGGCGACGACAAUGCAAGGAUGCUGGUUGAUUAUUUUGAUGAUAUGAAGAAGAGUGUGUCACAAGAUGAAGAUAAUGGAUCCAUAAGAAUUUGCAUUUCUUGUCGGCAUUAUCCCAAUGUAACCUUGAGUGAGGGCUUUGAAGUCAAUGUAGAAAAUCAUAAUAUGCAUGAUAUUGCAGUUUUCGUUCACGCACAACUGGUAUCGAAAAUCAUCAACUGGGACAACGACAGAGUGGCUAUUGAGGGCAGGGAAAAGAUGGAAGCAGCUAUUGUAAAGAAAUCGCUGGGUGUCUUUCAAUGGGUCAAGCUUGUGGUUCCUAUGGCUGCGGAGACAUUCAACGACACGGAAAGUCUUAAGGAAGUUCACGUCAUGUUGGAAAAGGUACAGGAUGACCUCGCGGCUGUGUACGAGAAUAUUUUGACUAAUGUCAUCAAAGUUAAAUAUCGACCCAAAACACUGCUGUUGAUGCAAUGGGUUGCCCUUGCUGAGCGACCUUUGACUGCUACCGAAUUAAGAAUCGCGAUGGCAUGUGAUGAUGGAUCCGAAAAUCCAGGACAGAAACGAUGGGAAGAUAGUGAAGAUUACAUCGAGUCUGAUAGGCGAAUGGAGACUUUAUUGAAGACGUUUUCUGGAGGGUUGGUAGAAAUAGCUCUGUACACCUCAGGGCUAUAUCGUGUACAAUUUAUUCAUCAGACGGUGGUUGAUUUUAUGCUUACUGGGGGUCUGCUAUUCCUAGUACAAUAUUUGACGCGAAAAGAUAUCGGAACAUAUGAGAAUUGGACUGGGACAGCUAAUGCUCGCAUCAUUGGACAAAGUCAAGACCGCCUCUCUAGAUCUUGCUUGAACUAUGUCAAACUGCCAGACAUCUCAAAGGAAAAUUGGGUCGAUGACUCCGAGGAAGUAGAGGAAUUGAAGGCGCAUAGAUACCAAUUCUUUGAAUAUGCGAUUGGAAAGUGGUGGGUGCAUGCGGAGAAAGCGGAGAGAGGAGGAAUGUGUCAGAAAUAUCUAGUGCAACAGCUAGAAGAACCUCCCGAAUUUUUUGAUAAGUACAUCACUCUAGAAAGGGCCAUAGAUAUACAUUCAUAUGGAUUGCGCGACGGCUCAACAAUUCUACAUUUGAUGGCAUAUGCAAACCUGCAAGGUCCAGCUAGAGAAAUACUCAAACGAGGCGAUUCUGUAGAAGAUCAAGACCGGGGAUCGAUUCGGCCUCUACAUUGUGCGGCUUAUCGUGGUCACAAAGAAAUGGUACAGCUUCUUCUGGACGCGGGCGCCGACAUAACAGCAACUCAAGAUCAUCGACUUACGGCGCUCGAAGUGGCAGCUUCAAGAGCCCACGAAGAUGUUAUACAUAUCUUGCUUGAACGAGGGGCUGAUAUCAAUGCAAUCUCCAACAGUGGAACUGCACUAGAAGGUGCGGCCGCUAGUGGUGACGUACGCUUAGUCCGGAAGCUGCUAGAUAUUGGGGCGAAAGUUAAUCAAGAAGGACAUUUUGGGAGCACCCCUUUGAAAGCAGCGGCUGAGAAAGGACAUGUAGAGAUUGUCCGUCUACUUUUGGAAAAUGGAGCUGAUAUCAAUCAUUAUGAGGAGUACACUGGGACUGCUCUUCAGCGCGCCGCUAUGUACGCUCACGACGAAGUGAUCGGAAUACUUUUGGAAAACGGGGCAUCAAUAAACGCACCAGGAGGCAGGCAUGGAGGCACUUUACAUUGCGCUUGCGACGCCUUAACUCUUUAUCACGAUACUGGUACCACGAUUGAGCUUCUGCGAUUAUUGUUAGAUCAAGGAGCAGAUGUCAAUAUGUAUGAUGGGCCAUGGGGGAGCCCACUUGCUGCUGCCAUCAAUCGCUGGGGCUUUCUAACCGCGAAUACAAAUGAAAUUGAUGCUCGGAUAAUAUUACUUUUGGAAAAAGGGGCGGAUGUAAAUCCACCUCUUGGAGGAAUUGGAAAUCCUCUCAUUGCCGCCGCAGGGCACGGUAACAUCAAUCUCCUGAGUUUACUGCUAAACUAUGGUGCUGAUAUCAAUGCAAUUGGUGGCUAUAGCAAUACUGCUCUUUGCGAAGCCUCGAACACUAGGUGGCGAGCACACCCAGAUGCUGUUAAAUUCCUAUUAGACAACGGUGCGGACGUGAACUUAUUCGAUACUUCCAAAGAAAACAAUUCCAAUGGCCCUCCGCUUCAACGAGCAGCGUUUAGAGGACGAUUGGAAAUAGUGCGUUUAUUGCUUGAUUAUGGCGCCGAUAUAAAUCUCGGAGCAGGGCAAUCAGGAGGCGCGCUAUAUGAAGCUGCUUCAUGUGGUCAUUUGGAAAUAUGCGAAUUGCUUUUGAAUCUGGGAGCUGACGUUCAUGCUGAGGGAAUGGUAGGUACUGUACUUCAUACUGCUGCCCAUCAUGGACAUGUGGAUAUUGUCCGUCUACUACUCGAAUAUGGGGCAAGUGUUGAUCAAGUGUGUGAAUUUGGGACUGCACUCCAAGCAGCUGCCGCGAAUGGCCAUAUUGAUGUUUUUAAUUUAUUAAGAGGUUAUCGGGCGGAUAUUCAUUUUGUAGGAGGACAUCAUCAUAACAUGCUACAGGCAUCGGCAUUUGGAGGAAAUAUUGAAAUGGUUAGGCUGUGUUUAGCGAAUGGCAUAGAUGUCAAUAUUAUAGGAGGAAAGGAAGUUCAAACCGCAUUGAUGGCGGCGGCUCAACAGGGACAUGUUGAAAUUGUGAAAUUGUUAUUGAAUAAGGGGGCGAGAGAUAUCCAAGAUGGCUAUCAUUUUAGUGUUUGGUAUUAUGCGGAAAACUGGGGCCAUAGGAAGGUCAUGAGUGUUUUGAAAGAGAGGGGUCUAGAGGUAGUGAGAGAAGCUGAAGGGGAGAGGAAGAAGAAUGAUUCAAAAGAGAAUGCCGGGUAA